AUGAAACCACCAAAUGUAUUGUUUAAACUCAACGCAAAUGGAAGUGCAUUGGAUAAUCCGGGCAGCAUAGGAGCAGGAGGUAUUCUCAGAAACUCCAAUGGAGACUUAAUAUUUGCUUAUUAUGUUCCUUUGGGGCAUGGCACCAACAAUCAAGCAGAAGUGGAGGCAGCUGUAUUUGGCUUAUCAUGGUGUGUUCAGUUGAAUUAUCAAAAAGUGGUACUGGAAGUUGACUCACAAAUGCUAGUAGAUUGGCUUUUGAACAAAUCAGCCCCUCCUUGGAACAUCUCAUCACAAAUGCAGCAGCUUCACACCCUUACCACUCACUUCUCACAUUUCAAAUGCAUUCACACACUCAGGGAAGCCAACUUUGUGGCAGAUUCACUCUCCAAACACAGCCAUCAAGUCCCUAACUAUACUUCACCAGCCAGCAAAUUCCAAAAGAGGCAGCAGCUUAUCUUCAGCAGGACAAGGCAGGCAUGGCAAGUUCAGAAGAAAGAAAAUGAAAAGAAUUAA